CCAGCAAACUGUCAGUCACUGCCGUUUACCACACAAAAUGGGUGUGCUCAAAUACAAGGACAUCCAAUGGCAAGCGACGUUGCUUGUGUCACCAUGGUGAUGGGGCUGUACUCAGGGAGGUUGUGAUGGGUUGACAGGUGCGUGACAAUCGGAGCUCUCUGCAAGCAUGUACGCCAAAGGCAAGAGUAACAACGUGCCGUCCGACAGCCAAGCCAGAGAAAAGUUAGCUCUCUAUGUGUAUGAGUACCUGCUGCACGUAGGGGCACAGAAGUCAGCACAGACCUUCCUCUCAGAGAUCCGAUGGGAGAAGAACAUCACAUUAGGAGAGCCCCCAGGGUUCCUCCACUCUUGGUGGUGUGUGUUCUGGGAUCUGUACUGUGCAGCCCCGGAGAGGAGAGAAACAUGUGAGCACUCUAGUGAGGCCAAGGCCUUCCAUGACUAUAGUGCAGCAGCAGCACCCAGUCCCAUCCUUGGGAACCUUCCCCCAGGAGAGGGAAUGCCAGUGGGUCCUGUACCUCCAGGAUUCUUCCAGUCGUUCAUGUCACCUCGUUAUCCUGGUGGGCCCAGACCUCCCCUUAGAAUACCUAAUCAGGCAAUGGGGGUCCAUGGUAACCAGCCUAUGCUACCCAGCGGAAUGGACCCCACAAGACAGCAAGGGCAUCCAAAUAUGGGCGGGCCCAUGCAGCGAAUGACUCCACCCAGAGGGAUGGUCCCUCUUGCGCCACAGAACUACGGUGGAGGGAUGAGACCUCCUCUAAAUGCACUUGUCGGCCCUGGGAUGCCUGGCAUGAACAUGGGACCUGGUGGGGGUAGACCUUGGCCAAAUCCUCAAAACGCCAACUCAAUCCCCUAUUCCUCUGCGUCUCCGGGGAGUUAUGUGGGUCCGCCGGGAGGAGGGGGGCCACCUGGUACUCCAAUAAUGCCCAGCCCAGCAGACUCGACUAACUCCGGUGACAACAUAUACACCAUGAUCAACACAGUCCCCCCUGGUGGAAACAGACCAAAUUUUCCAAUGGGUGCCGGUGCAGACGGUCCAAUGGGAGGGAUGGCAGGAAUGGAGCCACAUCACAUGAAUGGAUCGCUAGGGUCUGGUGACAUGGAUAGCCUCCCUAAGAACUCUCCUGGUAGCCUGAGUAUGAGUAACCAGCCGGGGACCCCCAGAGAUGACGGCGAGAUGGGGGGCAACUUCCUCAACCCCUUUCAGAACGAGAGCUAUUCUCCAAACAUGACGAUGAGUGUGUGAAGGCUCCGCCAACUGGUCAGUUAGUGGUAUGGAUUGGUGGAUGAGACAGGACGUGAUGUCAUCUAUGCCCAGUGGCUCUUCCUCUCUGUGCCCUCCCUACCAGGACAGUGGACCCAGGCCUCGUUCUCCCCCUGG